AUGUCUGAAAACGCUAAAGAUGUUAUGGAGCAGAUAAGCUACAAAUUCAAGUUCAAGAAGGACAAGAUUGAACAGCCUGAAAGCUACCUUGGAGCGGGUGUCAAAAGAAAGGUUUUAGACGGUCAGCACAUGUGGAAUAUGUCCAGUUAUGACUAUGUUACAGCUGCUGUGAAGAACGUCAAAGCAACCCUGAAAGACAAUCAGAGGUGGAACUUACCAAAGAAAGCCGUCACUCCAAUGAAUAGCGAUUAUACACCAGAGCUAGAUGGUUCAAGUGAGUUAAACGCACAUGACCACACAUACUUUCAAGAAUUGAUUGGGGUCUUAAGGUGGGCCACGGAGAUCGGACUCGUUGAUAUUCUACUGGAAGUUUCUCUUUUGAGUCAAUACCAGGCAGGGCCAGGGGAAGGACACAUGGAACAAUUGUUGCGGAUUUUUGCCUACUUGGAUCAACACCCAAAGAUGACCCUAUACUUUGAUUGGAGGAUCCCAAACGCAGAUUUUUCUGGAGUCAAGUCAUCGUACAAAGAGUUCCGUACUCUAUACAGAGAUGCUGAGGAACAAUUGCCAUCGAACAUGCCAAAACCAAGAGGUAGGCGAUUGGGAAGCUUGGCAUACGUUGAUGCCUCGCAUGCAGCAAACAAGAAGACUCGUAGAUCGCAUACCGGCUAUGCCAUCUUCUUGAAUAGGGCGCCUAUUGUUCGGCACAGCUGGAGGCAGAAUACAGUGGAGGCCAGCACUUUUGGGGCUGAAUUUAUUGCUUUGAAAUCAUGUAUUGAAGCAAUUGCGCACUUAAGCUACAAGUUGCGUAUGUUUGGGAUCCCACUGGAUGAGGAACCAACACAGGCGUUAGUGGACAAUGAAGCGGUUGUUAAAAACUUGUCAUUGGUAGAAUCUAUGUUGAACAAAAAGCACAAUUCAAUUGCUUAUCAUUAUGCACGUUGGAAUGUGGCAGCUCGGGUGAUUGCAGUUUCAUGGAUUGAUGGCGCAAUCAAUAUUGCAGAUGCAUUUACAAAGCGAUUAACACAAAUGAGGAGAGAAAACCUUUUUGAUUCUUGGGUUUAUUGA